ACUUGAUUUGCCCUAUCUAAUGUAUCAACCCCUACAAAACCAAUACAAAAAUAUGAAUUAAUUAUUAUCCACAAAAUAAUUCACAUUUCCUGUUGCUGCAGGAUUAUUUUCCUGUUCUCUCUUUAUUGUUGAGAUGUUUUUAUGCUUUAAUGUCUUUGUGUCAAACUGUUACUCUCAGUUCUACACUUUGAAAUGCAAAUAGACCGCAGCCUAUCAAAGGCAGAUUUAUUUUUCUGUUGUCAAGGAGAAAUGUCAAGCUUCUCAUGCAGCUUCAAGAAGUAGAAAGUAAAAGUGGAGACUUCAUUUACAGGUGAAAAAUAUCUGCAGGCUUGGUGGGUGGCAAUCACAUUAAAAAGACUGCCUUUGUCAGAGCUCCUCUCAAUUUAAGUGAGAAUGAUGUCCAACCAUUCACACGGACCGCACCUCUGUAACCUCAACAUGACGGAGGAGGUAAGGCUGUUCCAGAGGGUUGUGUACAGCCCUGUGUUUGUUCUGGGUCUGGUCCUGAAUCUCUCUGCACUGAGGAUGUUCUAUCGGAAGAGAGCCAGCUGGACAGACACACACGUCUACAUGUUCAACCUGGCCGUGGCCGACUGUGUCCUCAUCACCUUCUUGCCCUUCAGGAUCUACCACACCUUCUUCACCCUGGACCCUCCAGGCCUCUGUGCUCUUCUUGUUCUGAUCCACUUCACCAACAUGUACGCUAGCAUCUUCACUGUUACAGCUGUAAGUGUCCAGAGAUUCAUUGCCAUUCAGUUUCCCUUCCACUCCAGGAGAAUUGGCUCCAAGAAACAAGUGGCUGUUGUAGUGUGUGUGAUGAUAUGGGUGACUAUUGUGGUCCUAUGUGUGAUAUUCAGGGAGCCCAAUGGGCCUGAGCACAGACUGGCCUGCUUUGAGAAAGACACCCGUCCGUUUCCGCUGGACUUUAUUGUGACUCUGGAGAUACUGGGAUAUGCGGUUCCUCUUCUCACAAUGCUGCUUUGUUCAUUCCAGAUGAUCUGCACUCUGCUGGCCUACAAGGACAUGCACUCAUAUAAGCACAAAAGGAAAAGUAUUAGAAUAAUAUCAGCCAAUUUGGUCGUUUUUUUCAUCUGUUACACUCCUAUCCAUAUUGCAUUUUUCAUGAAAUUCUAUGUUGCUUCCAAAGUCCCUCUUGACUGCCAACAGUAUAAUUUGAUGCGUAACUUCUAUCAUGUCUCAGAAGGGAUUGCCACAACAAGCUGCUGUUUUGAUGCUAUUGGAUAUUUCUUCUUAGUGAAGGAGUUCCGCAAGGAACUGAUUCCAGGGAGGUUAACGAAAAGAGAGAACCAAGAAGCCUCUUCAGAGAGAACUGCUCUCUCUAGAACUGUAUAGGUAGGAAUGGAGAGGAAUUUUCAGCUACUCUAUAUUCUGUUUUGGCUUAGUGAAUGCUGUCACGUGAAGUAUCAUAAAAACAUUCUGAUGGUUAUACCGGAAUAUAAAUUAUAUACAUAUUUACCUACUA